CGAUCCGCGACGUGUUUCAUGAAGCGUUAUCGGCUGAAGGAGCAGCGGUAGUAGCGGCGGCAGUAGCAGCGACAUGAGUCGUUGCUUGACGAUCCGCGUUAAAAGUCGCUCUAGUGAGCGAGCCGCGUGACAGCCGCGACGAGAUUGCGCCGAAGUUGCGGCGUGCCGACGACAACGACGACGACGACGACAACGGUGACGAUAAUGAGUGGCAAGACGUUACGUUCGCAAGGUCAAAUCUGCUGACGCACGGGUGUUAGUGAUAUCCUCGUGUGUAACCCAGUGAAUUCGUUCGAAUUCGCGAACAGUUCUUCGGCGUGUUCAUCGGAGGGCAAUAGGCCGGGCCUGUCGGUAGGAAAAUGGCGGCGUGCCUUCCGCGGCGGAGACGUCGCACUACGGCGAUGAAGUGUAUCUGAAGGAUCAUCGCUCACGCGGAAAAACCGCUCUCCGCGUCUCCGGAACCGCUCCUCAUCCCUCAAGCGACGAUCCCCCCAGUGUUAUUCGAUCGGUAGAAGAGGAAACGCGAGCUGGAGCGACGUUCGCUCCAAGCGAUGUAAGCGGAUGGCGUGUACAUUCGGAACACGACACACGCUCGCAGAAAGACGACGACGCACGGUGAGCACCGUAUGUGCGUGCAGCUGAAAAUCACGUUUGCUCUGAAAAGUGCUUUCACGCGAGCAUUCUUAUGCGAGUGAGCGCCGCGCAUCGACGGCAUCGGCAGCGGCACGGACAGCGGCAACAACCGCGGUGACAAGUAUCUUGUCGGCGGGGCGAUUCCUCGCCUCAUCCCCGCGGUCGCUGGAGGAUGAUACCGUGGUCGGUGACAGUGAUCGUCGCCGCCCGCGAGUCUCGCGCGCGACUUUGUCGCGAUCGGCGCUGAACCGCGGCGGCCAAGGUUGGUGGCCCUCAACGGAAAACCGCGAGGUCGAUUCCUCGCGGAUCCGCGACAGCGGACAGCGCGACCACCACGGCGGACCACCGACAGCUCCCGCGGAAGCUCAGGAAAGAUGAGAGGCGUCCGCGACGGCGGCAUGGCGAGUCUCCUCGCCCUGGCGCUCCUCUGUUUGUUCCACGCAUCGUGCGCCUCGGACGGCGGUGGAAAGCUGAAGUGCUACUGCGACAUUUGCACGAAUGACAAUUACACGUGCACAACUGAUGGUUACUGUUUUGCUAGUACAAGCCUUGAAAACAACGUUGUCACGCAUGCCAGAAGGUGUUACAAUAAGGCAAACUUCUUCCCGGACAACGAAUAUUCUGUCUGGUGCACUACGAACAGUACGCUACGCGGUCCAGAUGGCAUCGAAUUCGUGGUCGCCUGUUGCGAUCAUUCCGACUACUGCAAUCGCGAUCUAAGGCCUUCCUUUCCUACUCACGAGUCCAGAAGUCGGCCGUACUCUCGCUUCGCGAAUCACCUCGGAGGAGUGUCGUCGGGCGGUGACGAUGCGACGUGGGUCACCUGGAAAAUGGCCUUGACGAUAGCACUGCCAAUAUGUGCGAUCUGCGUGGUCGUUAUGGUCAUCUAUCACAUACACAUGACCAAAAAGAGGCCGGCCAGACACUUUCCGGACGACUCGCUGGAGGCUCCGGACCGACCAAUACUCGGCGGCGUCACUAUCAGGGACAUGUUGGAGAUGACUACGAGUGGCAGCGGCUCGGGCCUGCCACUUCUGGUACAGCGGAGCAUAGCGCGCCAGAUUCAGCUCGUCGAGACAAUCGGAAAGGGUCGCUUCGGUGAGGUUUGGCGCGGUCGUUGGCGCGGCGAAAACGUCGCCGUGAAGAUCUUCAGUUCGCGAGAGGAGAGGUCUUGGUUCCGGGAAGCCGAGAUUUAUCAGACGGUGAUGCUGAGGCAUGACAACAUCUUAGGUUUUAUCGCUGCCGAUAACAAAGAUAACGGCACGUGGACACAGCUAUGGCUGAUAACGGAUUAUCACGAGAAGGGUUCGCUCUUUGAUUACCUCAACAGAUCGACCGUUGACACAAACGGUAUGAUACGGAUGGCCUUGUCGAUCGCCACCGGCUUGGCGCAUCUUCAUAUGGAAAUAGUCGGUACGCAAGGCAAGCCGGCCAUCGCUCACCGGGACCUGAAGUCAAAAAAUAUUCUCGUCAAGACUAAUGGUACCUGCGCUAUAGGCGACCUCGGGUUGGCUGUUAGGCACGACGUAAUCACGGAUACCGUCGACAUACAGCUGAACAACAGAGUUGGCACGAAGCGAUACAUGGCGCCUGAGGUUCUUGAAGAGACGAUAAACAUGAACCACUUCGACUCGUUCAAGAGGGCCGACGUGUACGCUCUCGGCCUGAUCCUUUGGGAGAUUGCUAGGCGUUGUAACGUCGGUGGGAUUCAUGACGAGUAUCAGCUGCCCUUUUACGACUUGGUGCCUUCCGAUCCUACUAUCGAGGAAAUGCGGAAAGUCGUGUGCACCGACCGACAGCGGCCAUCGAUACCGAAUCGAUGGCAGUCGAUCGAAGCUCUGCAAGUGAUGUCGAAGGUAAUGAAGGAAUGUUGGUAUCACAACGCUGCCGCCAGGCUAACCGCUCUCAGGAUCAAGAAAUCGCUCGCUAAUUACGGCGCUAUGGAGGACCUGAAGUAGAUUAAGUUUUCGUUGGAGUUUUUUGGCGGAAGAGCAACAGAAAGCGAUUGGAAGGUAUGUGUGGAUGUUGACAUCCAAAAAUUCGACACGAUAGAGCUUCCGAUGGCGUGGAAAGAUACUCUCCGAGAGUUAUUCUGAGGAGUCGUGAAGAGUCUAAGAAAAAUUGCUUGAAGUUAUGGGGUUCCUUCAUGCGAGACUGGUCUCGACUUCCGAGUAGCUGAGUGCUGUAUGGUAGUUAAGUAUGGUUGAUAUUUCUGUACGGUAAGUCACGAGCAGAAAAAUAGAAGGGAUUUUUAAAAGCGUCGAUUGAUUCGGACGACCGAUAACGCGUGAACCGAUAAAAGAAAUAUGAUUUGCUUUAGUCCUGACGUAUCGCGGCUCGAUGAUCGGUCACUCGGGCGAACGGGUCGACAGGAAGUCGCGCAAUAUGCGUUCGGUUAAUCGAACGAUCGCUCGGUUAUGCGUCACACAUUUACACGCGUAAACACGUACACAUAUACACACACACACACAUACACGUACACAUACAUAUACACAUUGCUAUAUAUUUAUUAUGAUAAUAUUAAGGUAAUAAAGUAUACAAAUUUAUUACAUAGUAACGUUCAUUGAUUAAUACUAAUGAGUAACAGUACAUUUGUAUAUUAAUAUAUAUAUACACACGCGUAUAAUUAUAUAUCAUAUAUAUAUAUAUACAUAUAUAUGUCCGUUAUUGGAAUAAUUGAUUCGAUUAACCGAACCAUUCGGCCGAUUUUGCGAAUAAGUUACCUCAGUAAGACGAUCGACGCAUUCGCGCGAGUACAUCAAUUCGCCGGAAGUAACGGGGACAUCGAGAUUUUAAACGUAUCAGCUCAGCUCCGUUUGGACGAGUCGGUAGAUCAUACGCGAGAAAGGCCUCCAAUGUACGGAAUAAUAUUUUUCCAUCUGAAUUCCGAAAAUUCACCGCACAGAUUCGCUAUUUUACUGAUGCAUGUGCAGAGACUGGAAUCAUAUUGGGGAGCAUAAACCAUACACCGUGUUAUAAGAGAAAUGCAUAUCUUUUGGUUUCCCUUCCUCUUGAAAAGAGUGCCGAGUUCGUCGGUUAAAUUAUACAGGGUAGAUAAAAAAAAACCGGACAAUUGAUUAAUGGCUUAUCGGACAAAUUGAACGAGGCGUUAUUCUCAUUGAAAAUGAAAAGUCUUUUGCAAACGUUCAACAAAACUUUGAUCUCGAAUAUGAUAACACUUGAUUAAUGAGAAUGUCCCCUUUUCCCCCUGUGUGUGAGAUAUCGCGGAAUUUCGGCGCAUCGUCCGGUUUUGUCAACCCUAUACGUAUACUCUUAAUAGACGUAGUAGACACAUGUUCGAAUGUUUUGCUCAAGACGAAUACUUUUGCGUAAUGACACAAAAGACGAGCACGAUGCGCAAUGGUGCCGCAGAAAAGCAUGUUUUCUUUGAAAUGCAGGAAGGUUGAAAUUGAAAGAUGCUAAGCUCAAGUGCGCGUGUAUCAUAGCGUAAAAGGUGUACACCAGCGUAUGGAAAACGUGCAAAAAUGUGCCAGGAGCUGGACUACAACUGAUACGAAAAAGAGAGAAAGGAGCGAAAGGACAAAUUCGAUAAAAAGAGAAUCAUUGGAGAAUCUAUAUUUUCGGGAAUUUUUUCGUGUGAAAGAGAGAGAUAGGCACGAAAUACAGCGAAGAUGAGUAUCGAGAUUAAGUAUUUUUUAGACGAACGGAUGCAGUUGGGCAAGAAAGAACCAACUGAUGUAACAAACAUACUUGUAGAUAUUUUAAGCGACUUCUCGAAACGUCUCGAUUCGUCUCGAUUCAUUACUGUAUAAUUUUAAUAACGUAAUUUUUUAAUAAUAGAGCAGUUCGUAGACAAAUAUCUUUAUACGUACUUAGAUUUCAGAAAAUUAAUUAAAUUAUUAAUUCAAUUUCAAGUUGGUUCUUUCUAGCAUAAUCACAUUUAAGUGCUUUUGGGAUUAUUUCUAUCGAAUUGUGUUAAUGUGCGUGUUAUACAAUCAAUGUUAAAAAAAGCUGAAUGGUUUAUUUGCGGAAACGCAAAUUACUUUGUACAUUUUUAAAAAUGAAUAUUUCGAAAUAAUUUUGUUUCUAUAAAUCUGCACGCUGUAUUUCAGUGAGUUGAAAAGCAAUCGUAGUGCUCGAGAUAGGUAUAUAGAUUUGGUAUACCGCGAGAAUGCGAUGAGAGAAAGAGAGGAGAGUAUGCGUAUGGGAUGUUUCUUUGCGAAACAAGUUAUAAUUAUCGGCAAGGAACGGGAGAGACUGCUUCCUACUCUGUUUAUCGACGAAGACAAAAAAGGGAAUCUCCUCUUCUUUUGCGGAUAAUUGAUUACAUUGGUAAUAGUGUAUAGUGUAUACUUCCUUGAUGGAAUGAAAGGGAAAGACGAUUUAUUCGGAGUGAAAGAUAAUAAGCGUGAGCAAAGUCGCGUGAAGCAGAAUCCAAGAGAACAGAAACAUAAGAAUCUUCGUCAUCCAAUAGUCAACAUAAAAGUCUGCGAGAUUACAAUUAUUACUAUAUUAUAGACGGAGAAACGGAGGGUCCUUCGAAUACAUAAUCGUAUUUUUGUAUUGUUUUUUACCGAUGACGUCAGUUGAACGUCACACUAAUUUUCCUCUUCCGUUUUUACACGCUCGCAACCUUCCGAUCCAGUUGCAUAAUCAUCUGCGCGUUCUGUACCUAGUUUUUAAUACAAAGCAGUGCAGAUAAUUCUCGAUUUACGUAAUUAUUUAACGUAAACAAGUAAUAAUUUGUUUACGUUAGAUUAAUUGCGUAAAUUGAUAACGAGAGUUAAGAAUAAUCUGCACUGUAGUGACGCGAUAAUUAAUAACGUGAUAGAGAUGUAAGGACGAUCAACAGAAUAUUUCUCUAAAAAUUAAGUUCAUCACCAUUCAGGAAAUGCCUUUUCCUUUUUCCUAAGACAAGAUGAGAAAUACAAUGGAUCAUACGAUUCGAUUGUAGAGGAGUGACGUUACACGCUCGUCGCGGAUUGCAAUUUACCGAAAGACUGAGAAUCUAAUGUUCGACUAGUGGAUAAUGAAUAAUUAAGGUUAAAAUUAGACUUUUAUUUAUUCUCACUUUUUAAAAAUAGCUGUGACUCUAAGAGACUAGCAUCUACAAUAGUUUUAUUUAUGAAUUCGCUAACUUGAAGUUAGAAAUCGAUUUUCUUCCGAUUACUUUUAGUAGACGAAAUCGUGCAGCUGAUUCUUCGAUGUUCUUAAUCAUGAUUGAGAUUUUAGACAAAUCACAUUAUUGAGUUCUAAAUCUUUAUCUCUUUUUUUCAUUAUUGUUGUAACUUUAUCCUCUUUUUCGAAGACACAGUGUUUCUAUUGUCAAUUAUAAAAUUUAUAUUCAAAGAACUAAACCGACUUUCUGUAGCGAUUUUCUGUUUUCUAUCUUUCUGAUAAUAGAAGUAAGACUGAGCUGUCUUAAACAUAUUUAGAUAUUUUUUACAUUUUUGACUCUUUUUCCGUAGGAUGAAGUUUUGGUCAAUUUAUUCUUAUGAAAUUUUUAUCAUAAGCUUUAUUCUAGAUUUAGUUAACAGAGAUUCGGGAAUGUUUGUUCGGCUAUAAACCGAAAGUUACCAGCGACAUUACACACAUGUACCACGCGAGUCUGAAAGAAUUGUUCGCUUCGAAUGCGGAGCCUCGUUUUUUUUUUACUCGCUCCCACACAUUCCUGUUAUGACAUGUAGAUUAAUUUAUACGUAAAUAACGAUAGCCUACGCAUCGGUGACGCUUUGCAGUGAUGUUUUUAUAUACCUAUCUACUGUGCUCGAAAAUCUGUUGACGUAUCGCAAGUUAAACCGAUGUUUGCCCCGCAGCUGUUUCCAUACUGCUAGUACAACUCUUUGUGCCAAUAUCUGAUCGAAUGUUAACUAAAGCGCGAGAAACAGAUAAUAAUAAUAUACGUUGUGUAUUCCCACGAAUUGCCCCACUCGCGUUCAAACGAGGAAAAAUAUCUUCGACGUAGAUUCUCGCGAGCGUUACUAUACCAAUAUAACGAAUGUUUUGUGAAUAUUAAUAUCUCAGUCCUCAGGAUUAAGGACUGAAUAUCGCAAAAUGGAAUUAGAUCACUAGUUUCUUGUGAGAAUGGAUGUCUUUUAUUUUACACGUAUUUAAUUACAAAGGAUUCAAUGCAACGCAGAGAAAAUCAGAUAAACUCAGAUUAUACAUCAAUUUGAUAGAUUCAAAGUUUAAAUGCAGAAACGGAGAUAUUUUUCCUUCCUACACACUAAUGUUUACCGCAAAUAUAUUACAAAAGUAUUUGUAUAUCUGCAAUAGUUGACUUUAAUCGAUUGAUAUUUUUUUUAAUGAAAAAUUUUGUAAGAUCUCUAUUAAUAAGAAUAAAUAUAUAAAAUACUUGCCUUAAGAAAAUAUCAAUUGUUCAAAGUUAACAAUCAAGAGAGUACUUUUGUGGCAUACUAUAUAUUUCCGAGCGACGACGUCGACGUCACUCCUGAACUCAUUUUGAUAUCAGUCGCAUUAUCGAGGUUGCAACUGGAUCGGCGAAUCAUCGAACAGUCUGAUUCAUAUCCGACAAAUGCCGAACUGCCAAAUGAUAUUUCAUCCUCCGCACCCUUUUCCGCUCCUUACCGUUUAAGCCCUCUCCCCCUCCCAACCCCCUCACACACUUGUACAAAAGAGUAACAAUAAAUUAGAAGAGAACGUUGCACACGCGGCAUUUACGCCUGCAUCGAUUCCGCUAGAGAGACGAAACUUGUACCUUUAAGGCGAUUUACCGUCUAUUUUGCUUUAGAUGAUACCAGUGUUUAUAACAAUUACCGGUCGGAAGGAGAAGCUUGUUGUCGAGGAAAGUCGCAUUGUUCUGAUAUUUUUUAUUUUAUAUGUAUUUUAUUUGCGUAUUACAUAUAUGAAAUUAGGAAAUUAUGUACUAAAUGUAUAUUAGAUUUUUUAUUUUCUGAUAAAAAAAAAGGAGGAUUGUGAAGUUGCAAACUAACAUCUGUAUUCGUAAAAUUUGACUUUACAAACGUUUAGUCUGAAAUCAAAUCUAAAAGUUUAAUUUAAAGGUUAAUAUAAUUCGUUGCUGCAUUUUAUUGUUAAGUGUUUGUAUACAAUUGAUUUAUUGUGCCACACGUGAAAGAAAUUUUCUCUUUUUUUAUUGAUUAAAAAUUGACAGAAAUACGCUGAUUUUGAUAGAAAAAUUAUAUGAUGUGCGUCUGACGAGAAGUUGAAUGUUUUAACUCUGAAAAGUGAUCAUUUGUGUCUAACGAUUUAAUCAGAACAAGGCGAUUUUUUAUUUGAUGACAUCAUGCAUUAUAUUAUACAAAUAAGUUAAUUAGCGAUCGCUGAAGGUUCAUAGACCAAAAAUAUUUUUCAUUUAUUUGGAAUGUUUAAAGGAGAGAAAUGUCGGGAAUUUUGAAUGACUACGAAACCUCCGAACAAAGAGCUCUUAUUCUAUUUAUUCUCCUUUAUCUUAUCAAGUGUUUUUUUAAUAAUAAUUAGAAUAUUUUGUUUGUAGUUAGUCUUUUUUAUUCUAUCAUUUUGUGUUGUUUGUUCUUUUGUAGUGUUGUUUAUAUUUAAAAAAAAUCAGCUCUUGCAAGUGUGUUGAAUGUAUUACAUAGAGUUUCGAAUAUUUAUUUAAUCACAAAAAGGUAUGUUUACGGCAAGAUUCUAAAUUAUACAAAUUUAUUAUAAUUUUACUAAUUUAUUCUAUGUUUGGAAUUUUCUAAAUUUUCUACACUUAUUUUAUUUUGUUAUUUAACGCAAGCGCAAAAAUUAUGGUAAAAAAGGAAUAAGAAAUUCGAAAUUAUGUUGCUGGUAAACAUGAUUAGCUCUUUGUUUCUUUUUAAGUAUGUUAUUAUUUUAGAAAUAUCUAGUAUAUAAUACUAUUGUAAUAUUAUUGUCAAUGAUAAGUUCAUUGAUUCGUCAUUGCUACACCAUCAUUUCUAUUCUCUGUGUUUCUCAUUUCAUUGUAUAAUACUCUGUAUAUAAUGGUGUAAAUGUUCAUCAACAACUUACAUAUGAAUAGGGCGAGCACUUGUAAUUUUCGUAACAAUGGGUGAGUUGGUGAAUGGUAUCGUUUUUUCUUUGAUUACUCGUAACGGGCAUAUCGAGUCUCUUCUAUCUUUACAUCUACCCUCAAAUAUAUUGCGAUAAAUACAGUUGUGUUACAGAAGGUUGCUGCUGUUAAAGAUUUAUCUCAAAAUGAAAGAAAUUUGCGAGAUAUUAUCGGGUCCUAACAAUAAGGAUAAAGGAAUAAUAAGUCCGAGAGUUUCAACGUUGAUACAAAGUGAGGUUUAUGGUGGAAUAAAAUCUAUAUCAAGGGUUGUUUGAAAUAUCGAAUAUUGCCGAAUGCAUUAAUUAUAUUUAAAAGUAAAAUACAUUAAGCCGCAAAUUUAUUACUGUAUGUCGAAAAUGAAAAGCAACAGCUCUUUUUAUGGCUCACAUUUUGCUAGAAAGAUUUUUGAUUUGAAACAUAUUUGAAAGACUGAAGUGCUUAUAUUUUCUCGAAGUGAAACGAUCUAUAGUGUUAUAAUAGAGGCCACACACGAGUAUGCGAGAACAUCGACGAUCACAUAAGUUACCGUUUUCUAUAAUCAUCGCAAUAUUAUAUAUCUCUCGUCUCUCGUAACUCGAAUACAGCAAUCGGUUUUAUCGAGAUUGUUCUGUGUUUAUUCGUUAAUCAUAGAUAAAUAGUACGUCAAUCUACGAUCCUUUAUAAUACGCUCAUUUUUUAUUAGAAUCGAAUUUUCUACGAUUUAUAAAACAGAAACCGGUGACUUGUUUAAUCAACCAUUAAUUACUGCCGCUGUAUAAAGCGUGCCUGGCGGUGUGGAUGGAUCUUUAUACUGUUAAUAGAUAUACGUACCUAAUGUUAUUAAUUAUUAUUAAUUCUUGAUUUGUAAUUGGGAACGCGAGAUUGUUGGAGCCCAACGUAUGAGAAUAGGAAUAGUGUUUUAUCAUUGUGUGUUAUGUAUCAAUUGUUAUAAUCAUUCAGCAAGAAAAAUUUGACAAAGUAAAUGAGGGACUUGCAGGUGCAUGAUUACAAAUGAGAUUCUCAUACGUUUUGGGCUUCACGAAUCUCGCUUUUAAACGGAUCCUACUAAUAAACGCCAUAGUGGUCCGAAAAAUAAUUAGCUCGAAUAAAUUAAAUUUACUUUAAUGUA